AUGUUGUUUCAAUCCGCUCUCGUCGCCGCCAGCCUACUGUGGUCUGUCACAGAGGCUCUUCCCAAGGACGAUGCUCGCGCCGCUGGAACCGGUCGCUUAACCGUAUACUGGGGCGCGGAAGACGACAGCACGACGCUUGACGAUGUCUGCGGAGACACCUCCUACGGUAUCGUGAACCUGGCCUUUUUGAACUACUUUUUCAGCGACGGCGGCUACCCCUCGAUUGCCAUCGGGAAUCUCGACGGCCCCUCGGACGCUCAGCGCAAAGCCGGCGCCACCGGCCUCAAGGACGGCUCCUCGCUGGUCCCAGCCAUCAAGAAGUGCCAGGCCGCGGGCAAGCUCGUCAUUCUGUCCAUGGGCGGCGCCAACGACUACGCCGACGUGACGCUCAAGGACGACGCGCAGGGCGUGCAGAUUGCAGACACGGUUUGGAACCUCUUCCUGGGCGGCACAAAGAGCAGCGAGCUUCGUCCGUUUGGAGGCGUCAAGCUGGACGGCGUGGACCUUGACAACGAAUCGGGCAAUCCCACCGGCUACCUGGCCAUGGUCAAGCGGCUCCGAUCCAACAUGGCCUCCGACAGCAGCAAGAAGUACUACCUGACGGCGGCCCCCCAAUGCCCAUAUCCAGACGCGUCGCAGCCUCUCGACGUCUGCCGGCAGCUCGACUACGUUUGGGUGCAGUUUUACAACAACGGCGAAUGCAACAUCGCACAGUCGGGGUUCAACAAGGCUGUCAGGAACUGGAGCAAGGGCAUCGGCAACGCGAAGCUCUUCAUCGGCGCGUUGGCGAGCGGUGCCGACGGCGACGAGGGCUACGUCGACGCGAGCACGUUGGUCAAGUCUAUUCAAGACGUCAAGAACAUGAACCUGCCCAACUACGGCGGUGCCAUGCUCUGGGAGGCGCAGCUGGCGGUUAGAAACGGCAACUAUCAGAAGAAGAUUGCGGCGGCGGUGUGA